GUAUUUAAAUACAAUCUUACGAAAUCAUAUGUUUCACAAUGCAUAGAUUGUGUUCUAAUAAGUGUCAAUGGCAUAAAUAGAGCAUGUGAAUUGUUCAUCGUUUGUGUCACACAACAUACCGAAACACACAACCGCAGUUUUUAUAGGACAUUUUUUUAUUUAUAAUAAAAUGAUAUCAUAAGCAGUUUAUUGUGACAUUUUUAUUUAUAUAAAAUAUUCGAAUUUCGGAAUUGACAGCUUUAACAAAACAGUGUGAUGGACAAUAUUCGAAAAGAUAUCGAUUUAUAUCGUGACACAGCCUUAAGAUACUGCGGCUAUGCAAAUGAGGUGGGAGAAGCACUAAGGCCAUUGAUUCCUAAAAAAGUGGUUCAUUUGAGCUAUGGCGUUGCUGUAGCUUAUGUAAUUGGUGACUGCAUCGAUAAAACUGGAAAAACGUACAAGAAACCAAAAAUAUUGGGUGGUCAACAAAUUACUGAAGCGGCCAAAACUUGCGGCGAUGUAUUUCUCUGGCAGAUGCUUGCUUCUGUCAUAAUUCCCGGAUUUGUUAUUAAUCGUGUAACAUGGGGUACAGGGUACCUCAUGAAACGAAAUAAAAAGCUGCCCAGCAUUGCACGCAAAUGGUUACCAACCAUUGUUGGCCUUGCGGCCAUUCCCCUCAUCAUUCGGCCAAUCGAUAACGCGGUUGACCAUGCAAUGGACAGAACCUAUCGCAAAUACGUGUAAAAUGUUCAAGAUCAAAUGAAAUAUUGGUGCUCAAAUACAAUUUAAUUCCUUUGAAA